GGGCACCGCCAUUGCUAUUUUAUCAGCGUGUUCUUGCCGUAUCAUUGUCCAAGUGUAAUUGUCAUUUAAAUUCAAUUGUGAAACAAAAUGGAGGAAUGCCGCACACCCACGCACAAGUCCAAAUUUAACUUCAAUCUCACUCCCACGAUGCGGUGGAACCACCUGAAUGUGAACACCUCGAAUGUGCGUUGCUCCACGCCAAUCACCGGCGCCUUCCGAUCGCCCAACAUGUCGCCCAUACAGAGUAUGCGCGCCCUGAUGAGUCCCGCAAAGACCAUGUUGGCCAAGACCUUCAAGAAGCCGCCGAUGAAGAAAUAUAUGCACCACUUGCACCGCACGGAGGUCGUAGCUCCAGUCGUCUUAAUAUCAAAGAGGCCGGAGGAAGGCCCCGGCCCAGAGGGGGAGCAGAAGAGCAACAGCAGCUCGGACACCUUCUCAGACGACUCAAAUAUUGACGCGUCGCUGUGCCGCGAGUCGCGUCGUCGCUCCGUGAUGGCCUCUAAUCACUCGUACGUGUUCAAUCAUGGAUCCAAUGUGGAGCAGGUCCUCGUGCAUGUUGGCCUGGAGAAAUAUGUGGAUAAUUUCGAGAGGGCUCACAUCGAUUUGGUCGAGCUCGCCUCCAUGGAGAGGGAUGAUUUAAAAAACAUUGGCCUGUCCAACGAUGAGGAUUGUAAUCGCAUUUUGGAUGUUCUAAAAACCCUCUAAGGGAUCGCCCUAAGGUCGGAUCGCUGGCGCAUCCAAAUCUCCAACCUAAGCUUAAGAUUUUAAUAUGUGUUUUAUGUACUCCCCCAAACAAAAAAUCAAAUAAAUCUGUAUUCAAACAUUCAGAGAAUGGAAA